UCCUGAUCAGCCUCUACAUGAACAGCCUGAUGAUUUUUCCUCCCUGUUGAGUUCAGUCCUCUCUAACAACGUACCUUGAACUCUUGUCUGCAUCACCGUCAGUAACAGUUUCUGUUACUGGUCAUGGAUGAUUUUGUUCGUAACAAACUAACUGAAUGGGGUCUGAGCAAGUGGAUCGACAGAUUUAAAGAGGAAGAGAUUGAUGAAGAAAGUUUCUGUGAUAUUGAAGAUAAAGAUCUUUAUAAAUUGAUCACAAAAAUUGGGCCACGAACAAAAUUUAAGAAGAGAGUCAAAUCAUUAAAGGAACAACAAAGCACAACUCAGGAAACAAAUGAUGUCUCUGUUCAAUGUAAACAGGAGCCUGAAGAAGAAGCAGAGUUGCUUCAGGUUUUGCCAUCUACAAGUGUCACAGCAAAGAGACCUCUGGACCCUAAUGGUGAGUCAAGCAAAGAGGAAUCACCAGCUAAACGACAACGUGGCUCAUACUCAGAAGAAAACAUACUGUCUCAAGUGAAAAAAACAAUGGGAAAUGUCCAUUCAAGACUAAACAAACCAGACAACACAAAGCUGAAUGCUUUCCUGAAGAAUAAAAUCGAUGAUUUAGAAACAGACAAGAGGGAGCUGGUCGGUGUCUUUGGUAGAACUGGGGCUGGAAAGAGCUCUUUGAUAAAUGCCAUCAUUGGAGAGAAGGAUCUUCUGCCAACAGGAAGCAUCAGUUCAUGUACCACGGUCAUGAUUAAAGUCGAGGCCAACAUGCAAGACUCAAAGUAUGAGGCAGACAUUGAAUUCAUUACAAAAGAGGAGUGGAAAGAGGAAUUAAGGUCCUUGGAUCAGUUGCCUGGGGAUAAUGCGAAUCAGGAAAGCGAAGAUGAUGAUGAUGAUGAUGGUGAUAAUGAUGAUGAUGAUGAUGAUGGUUAUCUCUUAAAUGAAAAGCUGUCUGCACUGUAUGGACAAGAAUAUAAAAACAAGAGCUCUACCGAACUCAUGGACAAGAAAUAUUUCAAAGAAAUCCCAGACUUUCUCCAAUCCAGCAAGAAGACGUUCACAUGUCAAUCAGCUAAAGAGCUAUCUGCAGAGUUGGUCAAAUACACAAGACAUGAGUCAGGGGAGGGAGAAGGUAAAGCUGUUGAGAGGUUCUACUGGCCACUAGUGAAGUGUGUGACUAUCAAGGUGCCACAUAAUGAGUUUCUCCAACAUGUGACCCUUGUGAACCUUCCUGGAAAUGGAGACUGUAACAACAGCAGAGACAAAAUGUGGAAAGAGGUUGUUAGGGAUUGCUCCACUGUGUGGAUUGUGACUGACAUUACACGAGCAGCAGCAGAAAAAGAACCCUGGGAGAUCCUGAAAAAUGCCAGUACCAUCAUGGGAAAUGGAGGAGAGUGUCAGCACAUUCACUUCAUCUGCACCAAGUCUGAUCAGAUUGAUGAUUUGGAUGAUGAUUCAGAUGUUCAUGCUCACAUAUUGAAAAGAAACGAGGCGGCCAAGAAAAAAGUGGAGACUAAAUUCAAAAAGCUAAAGAAGACCAUGAAACAAUUAAGUAACAACUGCCCCGAAGUCUUCACAGUGAGCUCUAAAGAGUUCCUGAAAGGAAAAUAUCUGCAGACAGACGAAACUGAAAUACCCAAACUUCAGAAAUUCUUGAGAGAUCUCAAUGAUCACCACUCUUUGAACUAUGUGUCUGGAGCUUAUGGGAUUCUCUGUUGGAUUCAAGGAGCCCGCCAUAGAGAAGGGGCUGACAACAAAACAAAUGUGUGCGCAGACAUUAAAAAAAAGAUGAAUCAUCAACUUGACAAUGUCCGAGAAAAAAUUGAUGAAGUUAACAAGACUUUUGAAAAACACCUCACUGAGGGUGUCAGAGCGUCCAAACAUUCCUAUGAAGAGGAACUGAAUCCCAUCUUACAUCUCAAAAAAGACGGCCGUGGUUUUCACAAGACACUGAAAUGUGUUGUUAAGAACGGUGGAGUCUACAGAACAAAAAAUGGGAAAUUAAUAAAUCUCAACAUGACAUUGUCUUCACACCUGACUAAGAGCAUUGAUGAGGAAUUCAAGAAGACAUUCCCAAAUAAAAGAGAGUGUGAACCAUUCAAUGGGGUCAUCGGUAAGACUGUACUCGUCACAGAUGAGCUGAUUCAGAAGUACAAAGAUGUUGCACUGUGGGAUUUUCUGAAGACAGAGGAAGAAAAGAUGAAGACAAAGCUGAUAUCAAGAAUCCGAAACGAUAAGAAAGCCAUCUACAGCAGUCUGACAGAGACAAUUGAGAUGUACAUGAGAGAGUGCUAUGAAAGUGCAGCUGGAAAGCCCACACUGAAAAACAUGAGGGACACUAUUGAGAAACAUGUACAGGAUUCAAAGGACGUCAUCUUUGAUCGUGCUAAAGAUGCUAUGUUGAACCAACUGAAUCAGCUGAAGGAGAACAUCAUGAAGACAAUGGAGACAACCAUGAAGAAAGCUACUGAAGUGUCACUCAAGACAGAUGACUCCUCAUGCCCAGAUGUUUCAGCAGAGCUUGCAGAGGUGAAGAAAAUCUACAAGGAACUGAAGUCCCACAAGAAGAGAAGCGGCUAAUCAGGAGAUGUUUCAUAUUCGUUCUGUGUGGAGCAGAAGCCUGGUCACUGUCUGAACAUCCAAAAGGGAAAGAUGACUAAAGACAAGAGGCCUCUGGAUUUUGGCCUGAUCCAUUGUUGUCAGUUUAUUACCUGUGUUUUCUUGAUUUCUGAUGUGUGAUUUGAUUUUGUUUUUUGAAUUUCAUGUGGAGGGAGGGAUUUUUACAUUUUUUCUUAGGACAUGUUGCCUGUAGUAUCGAAAAAGGACAGGGAUGAAAUGCAAAGGUUCCUGGUCAGAUUGAAAUGCGUCACAGCACAAUGUCCCCACAAUAAUGUCCCAGUAAUAUUUUCAUAUUUUCAUGUUAACAGUUUAAGUUUUCAUUACACACACACACACAUUUGCACUACUGUAUGUUUUAAUUAUAUUAGCUUUGCAGUUUCUGUGAUUUGUCCUUUGAAUAAGAUCAUUACUAGUUUGAUUUGAGAUGAUCCGUAGGAUUUUGUGAAAAUGGCCUUAAAUUAAAAUUCUUCGACAAUUAUUUGGAAAAAAUAAAUGUCUUAUGAGAAAUGCAGAGAAAUAAAGGUCAUAAAUACA